AUGACGUCGGCAUCGAGAAACUCUCGUACCACCUCGAGGAAAAAGCAUGGCAGACGUACUAAAGACAAGCUGGCGACCAUCUUUCAUGGCUUUGCAUAUUCACUCCCCGAUCCUUUCCAUUACAUACAGCUUAUCGCAUCGUUACGCGGGUGGGGUAGCAGCGACACACGGACAACCUGUAUGCAAGUCAAGAUCUUUGUGUCCACUGUGAAUAAGUCAUGGAUCUUGGGAGAGAUAGGAGUCGGUAAAAGCUCCGUGAUUAAUCUUAUCAGUCGGGGAAAAACGUCGCCGAGGUCUCUUCCAACGCCGAGGUUUGCACGCGCCACCACGGUCGAGUCGAUGAAAGUGCAUAUCUGGGAAGUUUCCGGGUUCAAUCAGCCAAAGAAUGACCCCAUGAAGGACGCCACUGAUAUUGAGCAAAAAUUGGGUCCUAUGCUUAAAGCCCACGCUAGAAUCGACGUUAUCUUGUUUUGCAUGCGGGGAAAGAAGCUGACAGUUGUGACAAAGCGGAUUUUCGAACUCGUCGACGGUAUAUUCGGAGGACGCAUUCCCAUCGUGCUCGUUAUUAACCACUUGGAGCAGGAGGAGGAGAUGGAAGAUUGGUGGAGGCGGAACAAGGGACAAACUUGGAACGAGUAUGAGUAA